AUGCGUGCGUUGCCAAGAAAGGCCCUCAUUGAGGACCGGGACUUGUUUUCCCUCGCUUACCAUUGGGUAUCAAAUCGCCAUUUGCCAUUCUCAAGUGACAACUGUAUGCGAACCAUGCACCUCCCAGCCAGGUCGCUUCAUUUGCAUCGCCUACAGCACGAUGGGAAGUUGACCUUGCCAGAAUCUGGAAAGGCUCCACUUUGCUUGUCCAACUUAACAAGCGAGCUGGCACGAAAUCUAACCCAGCUGUAUUUGCUCAGAUGCUAA